AUUGUGUUUCUCUGUUUUAUCUGUUCUCCCCAGAUAUCAGUUUCCACUUUGUAUACUGCAAACGACCGACCCACACCAUGUCGGCCAAAGUCCUAGAUGGCCAUCGUCUUACCCUGUUUAGGAAAUGCUACCAACUUCAAGCUCAGUUUCCUGGUAUGGAAAUAGACUGUAGAGUUGCGUACAAUGGUGAGAUCCAUGUAUAUCGUCAUGACAAAGAGGCUUCUUGGCCUACUCAAGAUAAAAAUCCCACGCGAGUGUAUCUACCCUGCGAUUUCCAAACGGUGAGAGAAUCACAAUCAGUAGGUGUCAUCGGUGGUUUUGACCCUGCCAAUCGAUCAAGCCUCAACGAUCGAUCUCUUGAAGCCACACCUGAUCUUUUGUAUGAUCCGUACGCUUCGCCAAGUGGGAAACACUCUUCUCCAGUCGCAUCCAUUGAGGGUCUGGGCGCUGAUGAAAAUCGCACCAUUCAACAGAGCGAGCUGGACUUCAGUUUGCAAAACUGUAGCGACAAUGAUGGACUUCUAUUCCUACUUUACAUCCCUCCCUAUGCAGACACUCAGUGA